UUUUAACAGUUUGUUAAAAAAAAAGGAGCAUGGCCAGACCCUCUGCUUCCUUGCACUUCCUUCUGGUACUCCUUAUUUUCAUUUCAGUCAAAAACAUGGUUCCAAAGGUGAAUGGAGACUGUCAACUAGCUGUAAGGGGUGGUGGUUGUCCUGACAAGGAUAAGUGCCUUGAAACAUGCCGUCCCUGCUACCGUGGCAUCGGCCAGAUCACCGCCUUCUGCCGGCCUGCUGGUGGAGGGAUUCCCUUUGACGAAUGCGUCUGUUAUCUCUCCCAUGGUGCCCCUUGUAACCCACCACCUCCACCCCAAUGUCCUGGUCGUCCUCCUCUUAAUAGGACUAUGACUCUUGUGUAAAACCUAUGAUUGCAACAAUAUUAAUAAAAAUUUAUAUAAUUUGUUUAAUCUCCAUGCGUUCCCAAG